UGUGCUGCUGGUGGGCAGAAUAGAAAACACACGGAUGAGUAAAAAUAGUUGUUUGGACGGGGCUUGUUCUGGAGUUAUGUUUCAGGAGACUGCUGGGUCGUAGGGAUGGACUGGAUGUGGCAGAAGUAGAACAUCUCCAGCUGCUGGAUUUAAACUUUUGUCCCAGGACACAAGUAGAGAGUCUCACUCUUCCAUCUCCAAGCCAUGAAGAUGAUGGUGAUCCAGGCUUCCUGUAGGAAAGGUCUGCAGGUGUGUUUACUCCUGGUGCUGGUGGGACGACUGCAGGGCAGGGUCACAGCACCAGAGCGUCUGGAGGCUCCGGUGGAGAAGCCCUUCACUCUGACCUGCAGUGUCUCCAGGGAGCGGGGUGAAUCCCUGAGGCAGGUGCGUUGGCUGGACGUCCAGAACCAGACCCUGCUGAGCUACCAGCCCGGCCAGAAAGACAGCGUGAGUGGACAGCAGCACGUGGAGCUCGCCUCCUCCCCAAAGGACACCUCGGCCAUCACCAUCCGCAGGGUGGGCUUCCGCGACGAAGGCUGCUACACCUGCAUCUUUGACAUGCAUCCCUCGGGUUCAAAGCAGGGUCAGACCUGCCUCACUGUGACCUCACAAGUCACCGUCGACAGCAACAAGACGGCGGUGAGCGGCAAGAAGGCGUCCCUCUCCUGCUCCUACGGUUUGCCUGAGAAGGUGCAGCAGAUCUCGUGGAGGUACACUCCUGCACAAGGAGAGUCUGCAGACGUGGCCUCCUUUGCAAAGCGCAGCGACCCCAUGAUUGAGCCACAGUACCAGGGCAGGGUCUGGCUCAGUGCCUCGCUGUCCGAUAGCCAGCUCACUAUCCAGCCCGUCUCUAUCCAGGACGAGGGCUGCUACACCUGCCUGUACAACACAGAUCCUGACAAACCAAAGAGCUCCACAGUUUGCCUCUCCACCUAUGUGCUACCCAAACCCCAGGUGAGCUACAAGACCACCUCUCCAGGUGUGAUCGAGGCCAACUGCACCUGCGUGUCACGUCCCCCGGCCGAGAUCGUGUGGAACGUGGAGCGUGAUAACCGUACCAUGGGCCCCCCGGUGACCACACAGCUUCAGCGGGCCGACGGGACCACUCUGGUCAUCAGUACGCUGACUGUGAAGUCAGGGCUGCUGAAAGACGUGUCCGUCAAGUGCCUGGUGCACCACAAAGGCCUGGAGUCACCGAUCGCUGUUUCCAUGAACACUAAAAUUGGAACAGCUCUCACCAUCCUGAUCUCAGUCACCACAGUAGCAGCUCUGUUGGUCAUGUCCCUCUGCUUCUGCCUUUGGAAGUGUUUCCUGCACAAAGAAGGCUGCACGCUGCCGACUCGGUCCACCCGCUCUCUGACUGACCCCAAGCUCGAUCAUAUCAGGCCUGUCUCUAACACGGCCUUCACACAUGCCUCCAGCCUGUCUAUCUCUGAACCAGAGCUUUGUUCACAAGAGAAAGGGUCUGGACCCUCCUCAGGGUCCAAAGAUUGA